AAAUAGAUAAUGUGUAACUGAGGAGAAGGAGGAGGAGGAGGAGGAUAGGUCAAAGCCGGUUGAAGAGGAAGAAUAUAACUGCAGAGAGGAGUAACCAGGAACUGAAGAGUUUUUUGAACAAGUAGCAGAACCAGUUCCGUUGCGAAAGAUAUUUCCAGAAGACGAUGAACCUGUGACGACCGAUGUCAAGCUGUCUAAACUGGACAAACUUGUUGAUCAAGCUGUGGAAAUGGCCUUAAAAAAAAUGAAUGAAGCAACCAGCUUGAAGAAUGAAGAACAGCAAGCAAGAGGGCUCAAGAAAUAUGUCAAGCAGAAGGGCUCAAAACAAACUGUGGAGACUGGUUCGAUUAAAAGAGAUGUCAACCUGAAGAAGCAUGGGGCACAAAAGAGGAAAGAAGAAGAAUGGGAGUAUGACACCCCAUUAGGGCUAAAGCCAGCAAAAAGAACAAAGGAGGUGGAGCGUAAAGUCCAGAAUCGUAUUGUUAUUGAUGGAGUGAACUGCAACACUCCAACAUGGAAGCUCUUGGAUGAAAAGGUGGCGAAUCACUAUAAGAACUGGUUUGAUUUGAACAAGGACAAGAAUGAUGAACCAUCAGGGUGUACCUCGCAAUGUUGAAGGAGGAAAUAGAAAAGAAGAAGGUCUCGGUCGGAUUCCUAGACAUAGAGGUAGCGCGCGCGGCGGUGGUACAUGAACAAAAACUGAAGGAGUUCCUAGCUGGAGGAGGAAAACAAGGGGAAUUCAAAUGUAAUGAAUUGGAUAUAGAGCUUUCCAUUAUUAAUCCUCUGUAGUCCAUCUUCAGUAAGGACCUGGUUUUCAUUCCGGUACAUCACGGGGUCAGCCACCACUAUACCUUGGUCCUGAUUGACAACAAAGCUCGAUGCUUCUUUCACCUGAACUCAAUGCUACCGCCAACGAAAGAUUACUCUGCCGACACCAACAACCACUUUCAGAAUGCAAUGGCAAU